AUGACAACCUUCAUCCCGGCCCUGACCUUGCCCCACCAGGUCUUCGAGAAUGCUGCGGCCUCGAUCCUGCUCCCCAUAGCUUUGGGAACCGCCGUCGGCUAUUCCACGCGACACCUAUGGCGCAAUCAAGAACCCCCCUACCGCCCUCCUCCUUGGGUCUUCGGUCCGGCCUGGACCCUCCUCUACGGUCUGAUGGGCUACGCCGCUCACCGUGCCGUAAACACCGGCCUCUCCCCGUUCUCCUCUAUAGAGCACAUCAACAUGACGAAGCAGGGCGCGACCCUCUACACCAUCCAGCUGGGCCUCAAUCUUAUCUGGAUGCCUCUUUUCUUCGGUUUCAAGCGCCCCAUUGAGGCCACCGUCGAUAUUGUCGCCCUUCUCGGCGUCAACACCUACCUGACCUACCUCUGGGGCUCCGUCGACGCCGUCGCCGGCGCUUGCCUCGUCCCCUACCUCGGCUGGCUCUCCUUCGCCACCUACCUUUGCGCGGGCGCAGGAUACUUGAACGACUGGGAUCUCAAGGGCGCCGAGGAGCGCGCUGCCGCCGCAGCGGACAAGAAGCAGUAG